AUGGUCGCUAAGUUCGUUGUAGUUCUCGCCUUGGUGGCUGUGGCUCACAGCUCAGUCCUGGUAAAAGUAGACGGCGACUCGUCCAGCUUCUCCUACGACGUAGCCGACCCCAACACUGGCGACUACAAGAGCCAAUCCGAAACCCGCGUCGGAGGAAACGUGGUUGGACAGUACUCCUUGGUCGACCCCGAUGGCACUCAGAGGAUUGUAGACUACACUGCUGAUGAUGUCAACGGAUUCAACGCUGUUGUACGCAAGGAACCUUUGGUAGCUGCUAAGACUGUGGUUGCCGCGACUCCUGUGGUUGCCGCUACUCCCGUUGUUGCUUCCGCACCCGCGGUUGUUGCCGCCCGCACCGUAUCUUCUGCUGUGGUUGCCUCCCCCACCGUGUACGCCUCAUCUUCUCCAGUAGUCACUGGUUCAUACGUUACACCCUCAGUGUACAGUGCGUACCCAUCAGUGUACAACACCGUGCCUUCAGUAUACAGAUCAGUGCCUUCCGUGUACAGUUCCGUACCCUCCGUCUACAGCUCCGUACCCUCUGUCUACAGCUCCGUACCUUCUGCCUACAGUUCCCUCUCAGGUUACGCGUCCCCUUACUACUCAACCUACGGAUGGUCCAACCCUCUGGGUUACUCAGCUUACGGCUACCCUUCCAACUACUGGCUCCUAGUCGAAUUCAUCGACACCAUUCAACAGGACCCACUACCAUUAGAAGCAAUGGCAGCUAAGUUUGUCGUAGUUCUCGCACUAGCAGCCGUGGCCCACAGCUCAGUGGUGCCAGUCGUGAAAGUAGACGACGAAGCCACAAGCUUCUCAUACGGCGUCGCUGACCCCAUCACCGGGGACUACAAGAGCCAGGUUGAAUCCCGCGUCGGCGGUGUUGUACGAGGACAGUACUCCUUAGUCGACCCUGAUGGCACCAAGCGUAUUGUUGACUACACAGCUGAUGACGUCAACGGAUUCAACGCUGUUGUACGCAAAGAGCCCUUGGUCGCGAACGUUGUAGCUCCCGUUGUAGCGUCUCGUGCUAUCGUGUCCCCAGUCUCAUCCCCCGCUGUCUACUCCAGCUCAUACGUAACUCCCUCAGUUUACAACACCGUGCCCUCAGUGUACAACGCCGCACCAUCAGUGUACUCUGGAGUGUACCCCGGAUACUCUACAUACGGAUACCCCACCGCGCGCCUUGGCUACUGGUGA